GCGUGUUCAUAAAGUACGCGCGUCUGUGGUGCGCGCGCGCGGCAAGGCGCUCUUGCGUUCUGUUGUUCACGUGUGUUAAUGCAGACGCGUUCAGGCACAUUGCAAUUUUCCCGUCGAAGAACAACGAUGUUGGCGUGAAAUGGUUAGAAUGAGAAUCUGGGAAAGCGAUUCGCAGAUUAGCACUGUGCCACGUAGUGUCAAAACGGCUUUUUCAAGAUUGAUCGAUACGUUCUACAGUGAACGGGACACUGUUGUGAGGUGCUAGUUUGGGCCAACGCCAAAGUUUCGCACCAGCAGAGACCAGAACCUGACACAUUAGCCAUGGGCUAUUGGGAAGACAUGAGGGAUGCCAUCGAAAAGAUGGGCGACCCGUACGUGUUCUCCAAUAGCGAAGACCUGGUCGUCUUAAAGCUAAACAAGCCUCUACCGGUAGUCCCUCCAUCCCUCAGCAACUGACUGUCGACCCUAGCCGCACGAUGCUCACAACGUGCCCGGCAGGCUUUAUGAGCUGCCAAAGCUUCCUCGUCAAGCACUCGUAUUCUACGAUACUCUUCUCAGGUUUGCCUGAGAUGAAGCCAAUGAAAGGAAUGGUCGUUGCCGCCAGGAACGUUGUCUCGAAGGCACAGGAGCUGAUUAUUGUGCACAACAGGGACCGGAUGGCCGACCUAGUGUCGUGGUUCACCAAGCUCACUAGGCUGAUCCUGUACCAUGACCUGAUGCUGCAGUUGGAUAGCUCGGACGAAGUGCAGGUGCUGUCGCACCCGUCGCACCUCCACCAGGUCUGGGGCACCACGCCAGCAGUCGGCACCGAAGAGCUCUUCCUCUGCCCCCAGACGCUCACCAUGCUGCUUGCAAACUGUCCUUCACUGUCGGAGCUUCAAGCACCCCUGCACGAAGCCAUCAUGCUUACAGACCGGUUUCAAGCAAGGUCGCCAUUUUUUCCACCCGUGUUCGACAACUGUCGGGAGCUGACCUUGGGCUCCUACCUUCGGCGAAGCACGCGCAGCGCAACUAUGAUGGGCACCACUACCCUGCCUUGCAUUAAGAAGGCGCACAAACUGUAUCCAAACCUCGAGCAGUUGCAGGUCUCGACGGUAGACCGGAACGUCCUCACCUUCGUACCAAAGUUCUCCCGGCUGAAGCGCCUUGCCAUAAUGUAUGGCGGCCGAGGUGGAAUGUGUCCCUUCUCCCCCUACAUCACCGACAUGCUGCAAGCGCUUCACUUGACACACCUGACGAUAAAAUUCUUCAAGGGCAUACUUCUGUCUACCAUUGCCCGUCAUUGUCCAAACCUCGAAUGCCUCUCUUUUUUGGACUGCAACCUCAGCGACGAGGCUGUCCAACCUGGCUCGUUUACGAAACUGAGGUCUCUCGCCCUCAGUGACUGCAACAUGGACAAAGCAUUCUUCACCCUUCUCAAAGAUGCCGAGGGCCUCACCAACCUCCACCUCGACGGCGGGUGGGGCAUCGCGUUGUACAUCAAAGGCCCAGCAGAGCCGUUGCAGCCACGGCCGAUCCACAGGGAGAUGGAGUUUCUCAAUCUCGACACAAACUGGUCACUGAGGGCAUUGGACGUGUCGCCCGAGGAGCUUCGCAGUUUUAUUGAUUCAAUGCCAAUGCUCAGGCGCCUGAGCACGGACAGCUACGACAUUCGACUGUGCAUGCAGAACUACUACCCGCACGUGAAGCUGACGUGGCCUACGUGCACGACCUGCAUGGCCGAGUUCCCGAAGGUCAACCUUGUGCAGGAUUAUAUAUGGCACUCGCUGCAUAUUGACAAUAAUGAAGACUGUGAGGACACAUAACUUCAAAAAGAAAUCUAUGUCCCUUUUUCGCUGAGGACAAUCGGGACCAACUGUGUUGGCAAGUACAAUGAACAGCAUCACAGUAGCACUGUGGAUUAUUCUUGAAAUGCCUUCACAAUUAUGUACAGGGCUGACUUAUGCAAGGUGAACACCUCAUAAGUUGUAAAGUCAGUAAAACUAGAACAUAUUCUGCUUCACAAGAAAAAUGUCUGUUAUAUGACGGUAAAGUAUGGUGUUGGCUUACGGUGUAGUUAUCCAAAAUAUGAAAUAAACAUGACCUUGUAUGAGGUCUAUUACUAAUAA